AUGUCCAUUCUUGAGUCUAGUGUCAACUUUUUGACUCAUGCCGAGAGGCCUCCGUGUUGCUUGCGGAUUUUUCGUGACCAAUACGUUCUCAUUGGUACGUAUGACCUUGACAAGCCUAGUGGGGCAAGAACUGGCUCAUUAGAAAUUAGGGACGCCGAAUUGAUACUUUUAGAGAAGUACGAUACAUACUCUGCUGUUUUAGACCUAAAAAUAUCACCCUUCGAUGACACUGUGAUUGCAUCUGCACACUCGAUGGGAAAUCUUCAGAUUUGGCAAGUAUGCUUGAAUGAGAACGGCAGCUUCGUGAAGCUACGGGAAUUGGCCAACUUACAGAUCUUUGAUACAGACGUGCUUAUCACGUCUCUUCAUUUUUCGCCGUCGAACCCUCAUUGCUUGCUGGUGACGGCCACCACAGGUGAGACUAGGGUCAUUGAUAUCGAACACGGAAGCACAAGCUUCUCGGCAACCCAGAUUGCACGUCAAUAUGAAAAAGUUGAGCACCAACACAUCCAAGUUCAGGGAAAGUCUACUUCGACAGUAGCCGUUCCGUCGAGGCCGUUACAACAUGAGCAUAGUUUGGAGUGUUGGACAGCUGAAUUUGGUACUCUUUCACCAAUUGAGAACGUUAUAUUCACAGGCGGCGACGACUCAACUAUAGCUGCGCACGAUAUGCGUACGGGCGAUAGCAUAUGGUCCAAUUCUAGAAUUCAUGAAGCAGGUGUAGUGGCUAUCAAGAGUAGUACAGAAACUUUUAGAAAUUCCAAGCCCACAAGUAUUAUCACGGGCUCUUAUGACGAUCACAUCCGUAUGAUAGACUUACGCAUGCUGGGGAACUCCAUCUACCCAGGUAACAACGUUCCAGCCGCGAACUCUACAACUUUAAAUCUUGGUGGUGGAGUGUGGCGAUUCGCUGAGUCCCCAGCGAACGCCAAAUCAAACUCUCUGGAUAAACUCCUUGUGUGCUGUAUGUACGAUGGAGCCAAGGUCGUAACCGUUGGCGCCGAUGACGAGUUUGUCGUUGACAGCUACAUUAAGAAAAACCACGACUCGAUGUGCUACGGGGGCGACUGGAGCUCUGGGUUCAUUGCUACCUGCUCAUUUUAUGACAAAGUUGUUCAGAUAUGGGAAGAGCCCCAGUGA